AUGCCAUUCUUCCCGGACCAGGACAACAUCCUCCAGCUAAACGACCAGCAAUUUGACUUCAACAUCCAGUUCGAACAGCUGUUCUUUUCAAUCAUCCCCUCCGUCUUGUUCAUCGUCACCUCAUUAUGGCGCGCUGCUUCCCAAGCACAGAAGCCCACUGUGGUGAAUGCCCCAGUGUUUCAACUCAUCAAACUGUGUGCAAUUACUGCCUACUUUGGCCUUGAUCUUUCACUCUUAAUCCUGGUCGUGGUUGGGUCCUUCCAGGUCACCAGCAUUUUCAUAGCUUCGUCGGUCCUCAAGCUAGUGUCAACCCUGUUUAUGAUAGUGUUGAGUCUUCUUGAUCACAGCAAGAGUCCGAGACCGUCUAUGUUACUGAACAGCUACUUGUUCUUAACCUUACUUUUGGAUGCAACCCAGGCAAGGACGUUUUUCCUUUUAUCGGGCGACAAGCCUGAGCUUACUUACAGUAGCAUAUUUGUUGCCGCUAUCGCGUUCAAAGCGGGCAUACUACUGCUGGAGGCUCAACGAAAGUCGAAAUGGGUGAAUUGGGACGAGAAGGACCACAGUCCAGAGGAGACGAGCGGCAUCUUCUCUCUCGGGGUCUUCUUCUGGCUCAACAAGAUCUUUUUGGACGGAUACAAGAAGGUUCUGACUAUCAAAGAUCUUUAUCCGCUUGACAGCUCUUUGAGCGCAGAAUCGCUGCACGAAAAAUUCCUGGAGAACAUGGAUUACUCGAACUUGAAAGGCGAUAAAUUUGGUCUUGUAAAGGUGCUUUUUCGGUUUACCUUUGCCCAACCGUUUUUCAUUGAGAAGCUAUUAAAAUMCCUCGCCGAGCCUGAAGCCGAUUCGAAUUAUGGAUAUGGUUUUAUCGGUGCUAGCUUGCUGAUCUACUUAGGUAUCGGCAUCUCCACAGCCCUUUAUUGGUACUUCCAUCACCGUAUGCGUGCCAUGGCAAGAUCUAUAUUGGUCACUGAGAUAUUCCAAAAAGCCACAAAAGUACGGAUGGGAUUUGACAAUGACAGUGCUGCGCUGACUCUUAUGAGUACCGACAUCGAGCGAAUCAACAAUGGAUUGAGAUCUAUACAUGAUAUAUGGGCGAGCAUCAUCCAGGCCGCCCUGGCUAGCUGGAUGUUGUAUGACCAGCUUGGAGUGGUCUUCGUCGCGCCGAUGGGAGUGGUCACAUUAUGCUCUAUCGGUUUGGCGAUUCUUAUGAAUUUUACAGGUGACUCGCAGAGAGUGUGGAUGGCAGGAGUCCAGAAGCGAGUCGGACUGACAGCCACAGUCAUUGCAAGCAUGAAAAACCUAAAGAUUUCGGGACUCUCUAACGCCGUCGGUGACUUUGUGCAGAAGCUUCGUGUAGAGGAGCUGGCUGCUGGAACCCGGUUCCGCCUGAUAUGGAUCGUUGCGGCAGUUUUCGCGUUUGUUCCACUAAUGAUUAGCCCGCCACUAACAUUCGCAUUCUCUCAACGGACGCUGGAUGUGUCAAGAAUAUUCACGAGUCUCUCCUGGCUCCUGCUGUUGACAAAUCCGUUGUCGCAAGUAUUUCAGUCGAUUCCGGAAGUUCUCUCAGGACUGGCUUGUUUAGGCCGAAUUCAGGCAUUUCUGGAGAGCGAAGAUCGCUAUGAUUUUCGCCAAGUCCUUGCUGACGCUAAGCGGAAAUUUGAAGCUGUUCCACCGGAUGUAGUAGUAUCACCUGAUUCAAAUACAGAAUCAGCUCAUCCCGUAGUCAUCGCAAACGGAAAGUUUGGUUGGGAAGCAAAUAAGUUUGCCUUGCGAGACAUAAACACGAAAUUAUCCAAGGAUUCCCUCACUAUUGUCGUUGGACCAGUGGGAUCGGGCAAAUCCACGCUCUGCAAGGCCCUGCUUGGAGAGACCCCCUUCGACGAAGGCACUGUUACCUUGAGCAAUGAGUUCCGCCACGUCGGAUUUUGUGACCAGACAGCGUUCCUUUCAAACGGAUCCAUCAGAGAUAACAUAGUGGGGUUCUCCCCCUUCAAUCAAGACAGAUAUGCUGAUGUUAUUCAUGCCACGUCCUUGGACUUUGACUUCAACACACUACCGCAAGGAGAUAGAACGAACAUUGGAUCUGAUGGGAUCACGUUAUCUGGAGGCCAGAGACAACGAGUCUCUCUUGCACGAGCUCUGUACUUGCAGACAAAUUUGCUGGUAUUAGAUGACGUAUUCAGUGGUCUUGAUGCGGACACUGAGGAGCAGGUCUUCCGGCAGGUGUUUGGUCCAGAUGGGCUACUCAGACGAUGGCGCUGUACGGUCGUAUUGUGUACCCAUAGUAUCAAACAUAUMCCCGCCGCAGAUUACAUUAUAGUGCUAGGAGAGGGAACCAUCGUCGAGCAAGGUAGCUAUGCUCAGUUGGUCACUCGCCAGGGCUAUAUUCACGGUCUGGGAUUGAGCGGAUCUCUUGACAGCAGUGCCUCAUCUGAGGGAUCGAUAUCGGAGAAUAGUCUUCGAGAAGCGAAUCCCCAAUUACUUCAGACCACGAUGACCAACACGUCAGCCCUAGAGCCGGAAACCGACGGUCUACGGCAAGUUGGCGAUAAAUCAGUGUAUAAGCAUUAUUUCAAGAGCAUGGGAGUGUUUUUAGCGGCAUUGAGUAUAUUGUUUGCAGCGCUUCUUGGUUUCUUUACGAACUUCCCAACCAUUUGUGUUGCGGUUUUCGUCGUCUCUGUAUCAAGAGCCGGUGCCAAUCUCCAUAAUAAUGCCUUACAAACACUCAUCCGCGCGCCGCUACGGUUUUUCACAGCCACAGAUACCGGUGUCGUCACCAAUUUGUUCUCGCAGGACUUGAAUCUCAUAGAUACUGAGCUGCCAAGUGCACUGUUGAACACCCUUUACAGUGUUUUUCAAGCAAUCGGAGAAGCAGCUAUUAUACUUACUUCGUCUCCGUUCAUGGCUAUAAGCUACCCAUUCUUAGCCAUCAUACUAUAUAUCCUGCAAGGGUUCUAUCUGAGGACUUCUAGACAGCUAAGGUUGCUGGAUCUUGAGGCUAAAAGCCCUUUGUAUACGCAUUUUCUAGACACUCUAAAAGGCAUCGCAACUUUGAGAGCUUUUGGCUUUCUUUCCAAUGACGUCCGGAAGAAUAUUCGGCUGAUCGAUUCCAGCCAACGACCCGCAUAUUUACUCAUCAUGAUCCAACAGUGGCUCAAUCUAGUUCUCGACCUUGUCGUCAUGAUAAUGGCCGUGACUCUGACGGCCCUUGCAGUUCGCCUUCACUCUAACUCUGGUUUUAUCGGUGCUUCUUUGGUGACUCUGAUGAACUUUGGCGAAUCUCUCUCGGGUAUUGUCAUAUUCUACACCAGAUUAGAGACCUCGAUCGGUGCGAUAGGCAGACUCAAAACAUUCAACGAGAGCGUAAAACCGGAGGACAGACAGGAGGAAGAUAUUGUUCCCGCUGAACAGUGGCCGCAGAGCGGUGUGAUAGAGUUGAAUGGUGUAUCCGCGAGUUAUACGGCAGAAGACCAAACCGAUGGCACAUCCAAUUUAGCCCUCCGCGAUAUCAACCUAAAGAUCAGGUCCGGAGAGAAAGUUGCCAUCUGUGGUCGUACUGGUAGUGGCAAGUCCAGUCUCAUUGCUCUGCUUCUUAAGCUCCUUGAUCCCACCUCAGAAAGCUUGGAGAAUGUCAUCAUUGAUGAUAUCCCGCUCUACCGCAUUGCUCGGCCUGCGCUGCGAGAGCGCAUAAUUGCAGUGCCUCAGGAUGCCGUAUUUUUACCGGAUGGGACGACGUUCAGGGCUAAUUUAGAUCCACUCGAUGCCUCAACGGCCGAGGAGUGUCAGAAUGUUCUCGUGGCUGUGGGGAUAUGGGGAUUCAUCCAGGAACGGGGCGGCCUGGAUGCAGGCAUGAGCGCAGGAAGCUUAAGCGCGGGGCAGCGGCAACUUUUGUCACUUGGACGCGCACUGCUGAGAAGGCGCAUCCGAGCACGGAAUGCAGGUUUGGGAGCAGGCGCUUCGGAGAGCGGUAUCUUACUAUUGGAUGAGGUGAGCUCGAGUGUCGACCACGAGACAGAGCGUGUUAUGCGGGAGAUCAUCAGGACUGAGUUCAGAGGCUAUACGGUUGUGGCUGUUAGCCAUCGCCUGGAUAUGAUUAUGGAUUUUGACAGGGUCAUUGUCAUGGACACGGGUGAGGUUGUGGAAGUAGGAAACCCGACCAUUCUGGCAAAAGAAGAGGGUACUAGAUUCGGAGGGCUGGUGAGAGCUGGGGCUAAGUAG